CAACUCCGUUUAGUUUUUUUUUUGAGAAAAGAAGGAAUUCGACAUGAACAUGGAAUGGAAUCCCCCCAAGCUUCAUCCUCGAUAGAACUAAUUCCUAAUUUCUCUUCAAACCCUAACCCUAAAAUUCUUCAAUCUCGGUGGAUCAAAUUCUGAGAAAUUUUCAAUGGAGACUCACUACAAUCACACUCUCUUCGAGAGACGCCCCUUUCUCACGUCCAAGGCUCCCGCUGUUAAAUGGGUCAAACAAUGGGUUCCACAAGAUGUUGUUGCCACUGGUGGGAAGUGUAUGCUGUUAAGAUGGGUAACAGAGGAUACCAUAAAUGCCUUGAAAGAAAAGGAAAAAGAACCAUUAGCUCCUGAGCCAGAACCCGAGCCAACUACUGAAGUACUUUUUCUUUGUAGCUAUGAAGGCUGUGGAAAGACAUUUAUAGAUGCUGGUGCUUUGAGGAAGCAUUCUCACAUCCAUGGAGAGAGGCAGUUUGUUUGCCAUUAUGAGGGGUGUGGAAAGAAAUUUCUGGACAGCUCAAAGUUAAAAAGACAUUUCUUAAUUCAUACAGGGGAGAGGGAUUUUGUGUGUCCUCAUGAAGGCUGUGGUAAGGCCUUCUCCUUGGAUUUUAACCUGAGGUCUCACAUGAAGACACAUUCACAAGAGAAUUAUCAUAUAUGCCCAUACCCAGAUUGUGGGAAGAGAUACGCUCAUGAAUACAAGCUAAAGAAUCACAUUGCUUCCCAUCAUGAAAAGAGUACACCAAUAGAUGUGCCGAUAAAGUAUGCAACUCCUCCUUCAGAAAAGCAAACAAAAACUGCCAGACCUUCUGGGGCGACAUACGGUUCGGCAUCCUCUGAUCGCCCAUAUGCAUGUCCUUAUGAAGGGUGUGAAAAGGCUUACAUUCAUGAGUACAAGCUUAAACUGCAUUUGAAGAGGGAGCAUCCUGGCCACAUAAAUGAUGAAAAUGCCAUGCAUGCUCUGGCUAAUAAUGCUGAAAAUGAAAUGGAUGAAGCAAGUGAUCACGAUGCUUAUGGUGGAAAACGUUCCAAUGGUAAAAGUCAGAGGCAAAGCAGGCCCAAGCCAAGCUUGAAAAUGCCUCCUUCUAAAGUUGCUCAGCGUAAAGGGUCUACUCCAACCCCCGCCACUUUUAAUAUGGCUAAAAAACCUUGGCCAGUGAAAGAAGAAACUUACGAUGAAGACAGCGAAGAAACUGAGGAGGAGGAUCGUGACAAUGUUGAAGAUGGUUGGAGAUAUGCUGGAAACAACGAAGAUGAUGAUGAGGAAACAGAAUAUGAAGACUGAUAUUUACUUUGCUUCUUUGAGUUCACUCUCAUUUUUACCUUCCUAGAAUAUUAGAUUUUUUCUAUUUGCUUUAGAGAAAUGUGUUACAGUUUUCCUUGACAUAGUGCAUUGGUUAUCGAAAGUAUGAAUGAUACUCUAGGAUGAAUUUAUAUUAAUAAUAAGUGAAAUAAUAUUUGUGUUUCAAUA